AUGGGUCAGACCAAUCUCUGUCAGUUCGGCCGCGUCCUUAACUUCUUCGAGGACGGCGACCUCCUCCCAUGGCUCUGCGUGCCCCAGCACCUCGCCCAUGUCCUCGACGGCUCGGCACGGGACGAGCUCCUGCUCACGGCAUGUGCAGCCAGCGUGACACAGGGCAUGAUCAAGGCCAACAUCCUCCCAGGAGACAGCGUCCUCAUCAUCGGAGACGACGUGCACUCCUUCAUCGGCUCCUGCUUCGCCCGCAGCGUCGGCUCCGACUUCGUAGGCAUCGUCGCUCGGACUGAGCGCAACAUGUCGACGGCGCUGCUGUGCGGGGCCUCCUGCUUCUGGUCGAGUUACCAGGCGGAGAGCGUGCCCAGCAUUCACGCGAGGAUCGAGAUGGACGUGAGGAGGGAGACGAACGCUGCAGGAGCCGAUGUGGUUGUCUACACCAACGGCUACGACGAGACUUGCCUUCCUCUCAACGUCGCUCUCGACUGCCUCCGUCCUGGAGGCAGCUUGAUCCUUGCUCGGUCCCUGGAGGUUGACAGGGACGAGGCGCCGUCCUUACACGAGGCUUCUCGUCCUCACUCGAACUUCCUCGAGCGGAUCAUCAGCAAGCAGAUUCGCUUCAUCCCGGUUUGGGGCUUCUCAUCUGCCGUCUUCAAGCAGACGCUCGAGUGGCUGCGAUGCAAAGUCUUCGACGUCAGCCCGGCCUUGACCAAUGAGGUCUGCAUGCGUAUUCAGAGCAGCGAACUUGAGGAGGUGAGCAGCCUAGAGGACCAGCUCGUCGGUCUACUCCUCGUAAGCUGA